AUGGCACGCAAGUACAGCGUCGGCAACCCAGGUGGUGGCGAGGCAUCCAGAGAGGCCUGGGAACGCUAUACCUGGCUGUCCAUAAGCAAAGAGUGCCACAAGCGCGGCUACUUUCCUGCCACCUCGGCCUAUGAUGAGAAGGGUCUUUUGAGAGAGUCAGCAUGCCCUGAUCUUCACCAUCAUGUGUAUGUCACCUACUAUAGCGCUGUAGAUGCGAUGCCUGUCAUUAAGCUCAAACACGGCGUGGUGGUAAUCGAGUGGACUACUGCUAAGCAGCACGAACGCCAGCAGCGUAUUGCCGACAACUCGUAUGAUUUGACUACUUCUGAUUAUUCAUAUAUGUCCUGA